UUCUCCUUCACAAUCAAAAAUUCAGAUCAGCCGCAGAGCUGCGCGAGCGUGCCUCGACUGUUUCUGCGAUUGUUGAAGCGAAGUUUGGGAGAGUUCUAUCUACAUAUUAUCAUCAUAAUGGUUUAUGUAACAUCGUGGGAGGAGUUUGUGGAGAGAUCGGUAGAGUUGUUCCGUUCCGAUCCGGAAUCCACGCGGUAUUCGAUGAAGUACAGGCACUGCGAUGGAAAGUUGAUACUUAAGGUCACUGAUAACCGGGAGUGUCUCAAGUUUAAAUCAGACCAGGCACAAGAUGCCAAAAAGAUGGAAAAGCUAAACAACAUUUUCUUUGCCUUGAUGGCUCGUGGCCCUGAUGCGGAUAUUUCAGAGGUUACCGGGAAAGAACAGGCAGAAGUGCAGCAAGCAAAGAGAGGAAGGGGGAGGAAACAAUGAAGUUAGUUUUAGACUAGAGAAUGAAACCAUUAAAAAAACUAGUACAAAUGGAAAUUUUCUGCAGGGAAUUGCAUUCUUUUCUUUGUUCUUUCUUGGUUCCCAGCAACCAUUUGUAUGGAGAGUGGCUUCAGUUAUGCUUUUUCAAUGUGAUGUUUUCAGAAAAAGAUUACUGAUCUAGUUUUUGGACCUCAACUAUGUUUGUCCAGAAGUUCUUUCGUUUUCUCA